UGGAAACCCUGAAAACUAUUCACUCGUGAUCGCAUCAGUUCCAGUGUUUAACACCAUUUUUUCUGUGAGAAGAAAUCCAUUUUCCAUUAUCUCCGUGUCCAUCAAUACUAACAAACUUCUUCUGUUGACUUCUGAAAAUUAGCCAAAAACCACAACUAGGAUCCAUCGGAAAAGUGCAACUCAUCUUCAGCAACUAUAUCGAGAUGGGAAGUUAUACUUAGUGCUUGCAAGACGGCGAUACGGCGCUCUACAUUAGGUGUGUUAUGUCCAUGAAAAGACUUUCUAUACUUUCGGCAAACAGUAAUCAUGGAGGGCUGAACUACACAGAAAUGAGCACGACCCCUGGGUCGCCGCCGCCGCCUAUCCAUGGGGUGAACGUAAUGCUCGGAGGUGCCAUGCUAAGCGGAAUUAUCCUGGUCGUAUUCAUAAUGUGCUAUUGCUGCCAUAAAAAUGCAAGGAAACAAGAAACCCAUCUUCCCGCCUAUUGGAGAGAUUCUGGUCUUCCCUUACACGUAUACACGGUUGAAGGACACCAACAGUGCUUUGAAUCCGAAGAAUUCGUGCUGUCUGAUAUACAAGCUCCUCCUACACCAGGACCACCACCAGCUUACGAAGCCGUCGUGCCUGUGCACAAGAACAUCGUGAGCCCAGCGCGAAUACGUCCAGCUGACGAUUCUGGUCUACCCUCGUACGAAGCAGCCCUACGUCUCGAAACUAACGGACAUGUCUGAAAACAAAGAACAAAAAGAAAUCAGUGUCAUUGAACUGCAAACGCUAGCUUUCUGUCAUUUAAAACAAAGUGCCAAAAAAAAAGAAUAAGGACCGCAGUAGAUGGCUUUGUACAUAUUAAACAAACAAUCAAAUACCAGGAUAUUUGUAUAUUCUGAAUCGAACACCAAUAGUGAUUUAAUAUGUGUUGUAAGAUUGUUAAGAUCGUAGACUUGCAUAUAAUUUUGUUGUGCGCGUUAUAUAACCGGAAGCCGAAUAGGUUUUCGCUUCGCUGCGACAAUGCUGACGCUUCUUAUUACCGUGGUUUUGAUAGUCGUGCUGGAGCUUCUAGUCAGAUUACUCAGACUAAUCAGGGGACCAAACAAUGGCAAUUAUUGAUUACGUUACGGCGAUUAGCGUAUAGAAACUAGUCAUAAUAGUACAAACGUUUAAGAAAAUAUCAACAAUUCUUACUGUUUGUAAUUUCCUUCUUCAAGCAAACAAAACAAGCAGCAGCAGAAGAUUAAUCUUUGACAGUUUAAAAAAAUGAUAUGUCAUUACCACAUCGAUCUCUAGUCAAAUAAUUGCGUAACCGUUAAUUCAUAACUGAGAAAACCAAGGUUUUAGUUACUUAUCUUUAAUUAUUAAUCUAAUGAAUCAGUGUAA